GGCAUGUGAGAAGUUUCCAACAGUGCGACAGUGAACCUUCAAAUUGAUCAGUGACCAGUUUAGUUUUUUGUUCGAGGUAAGAUGGCAAAUAUAUCUCAGAUGUAUGUCAGAUGUGGUCAUUUCUCCGUUCGAGUAACAUGUUCUUUCCUUAAGUGUUUUGGGAAACAUUUGCCUCAUGUACGUUGGGAUUCAAGUCGUUGCAUAGGCCUACCGUCUUCCAAAAAGAUGAAACGUGCCAAGUCUAGAGAACUCUUGAGAUCACAAAGCCUGUCAUGGGAGGAAAGGCUGGCUGACACUGUGACCCCCCUGUGGAGGUUGAGUUAUGAAGAACAGCUACGAAUGAAGCAGGACCAGCAGCAGAUGAUCUUGCUUGAACUUUCAAAACAGCUAUCUGAGAUGUCAGGUACAUCCCUUAAUCUCCCUAGCAUACCUCUAUUACCUAUAAUACCAUCUCCAGUGAAAUAUCAUUACCGCAACAAAUCGACCUUCUCUGUCAAUAAAGGAAUUGAUGGAAACCCAAAGACUGUUGGAUACUACAUUGGGAGUCGAGGCAAAGUUGUCUGUGUUAAUGGAGAUCACCUGUUGAACAUGCCCGAAAAACACAAAUUGGUUGCUAGAUGCUAUGAGGGCUUUAUUCGGCAGUCACCCCUGAAUCCUUGUAUUAUUUUCAAUGAUGGAGGGCACUGGCGAGAGAUUACAGUGAGGACUAAUGCAGCAGGUAACACUAUGGCCAUUGUAUAUUUUCACCCUCAAUGCCUAACCACAGAAGAGAUUUGUAUUCACCAAGAUGCUCUCGUGGAGUACUUCACAAAAGGUCCGGGGUCUAUUUGUGAUCUGGAUUCCUUAUACUUUCAGAAGAGCUCCAUGACCCGUGUUAGCCACCAGGAGUCCCUUUAUCAGCUCCUUUAUGGACAGCCACACAUCCAUGAGGAAGUGUUGGGCUAUAAGUUUCGUAUUUCUGCAGAUGCAUUCUUUCAAGUGAACAGCACAGCGGCAGAGUCUCUCUAUCAGACAGUAGGGGAUAUCAGCCAUUCCACGAAAAGUGACACUCUACUGGAUGUCUGUUGCGGAACAGGUGCCAUAGGGAUAUCCAUGUCCUCCAGGGUGCAAAAGGUUAUUGGCAUUGAGAUUAUCGAACAGGCAGUGGCAGAUGCAAAUUAUAAUGCCAUGCUCAAUGCAGUGUCUAACUGUGAGUUUUUAGUUGGAAAAGCUGAAGUAGUCCUACCCAAACUCUUACCUUCUUUAGGGUCUGAGGGUGGACUCACAGCAGUGGUUAAUCCAUCCAGGGCGGGACUUCAUUAUCGAGUGAUCAGAGCCCUUCGUAACCACCCCUCCAUUCACAGACUUGUAUACAUAUCUUGCAAACCGGAUGGAGAGGCGAUGAGAAACUUCCGAGACUUGUGCUGCAGCUCUGAGCCACAGAGGAAACUCACUGGGAAGCCGUUUGUACCCACAGCAGCCAUCCCUGUGGACAUGUUUCCACUGACGCCACACUGUGAACUGAUUCUUGUCUUUGAAAGAUGAGACUGGACACUUAGAAUUAGCUUAUGCUGUAAAAACUUCCCUCUCAACAUGACAACCAUAACACUUUUAAAGAGGCCUAGAGUAAACUGUGCUGUACUUAUUCACAGAGAAGAAUGAUGAUUAAACCUGUGCACAGCUUAACAGGAUUGAGAAAUUGCUAUCUAACCUGUCUCCACAUGGCAGGAUUUACUUAUGUGGAUAAUAAAGUGUAUGACUUAA